UUAUAAUAUCACUUCAAGGCUAUAGUUAUUUACCUUCUAUUGUAAGUAGAAUUUGACAAAUUUAUGCACUUUAUUUAAAAACUCGAUAUUGAUUCACUAACGUAAUGACAACAUUACACAAUAAAGUAAAUAAAUGCAACUAAUAAAUGCCAUAAAAAUUUUAAUAAAAUAUGAUUAUGAAUAAUUAUAUUUAUAUCAAUACGAAAUGCACAUUUGAUAGAGUUAAUGAAUACGCCGACAACCUAAUCCGAUUAAUGAGAGAAAUUACAAAAUAUUGGGAAGAGCAAGUAAUUAGUUUCGAUGUAUUAUUCCAAAUAUAACGCAGUUUUUGUCUCAAGUGAAAAACUUUAUUCGAUUCAUGUCAAUCCGCAAAAAAACACAGUCGAAAGAGGCAAUGGCGCAUUUCCUGCUAUACAUUGAUCUCAGUUAAUCUGAUUUUCACAUCUAAUCUCACGUCAUCUGUAGAACUAUUUCAAAAACAUCUGUUAUUCUAAACGUUUGAUCGUCUUGAUGUAGGAAUUUGCCAGACGAAUAGCAAUUCAUGUUUUCAAUGCCAACUUGUGUGCAAGAACUUCCAAUGUUCCCGCCAAAUUUAAAGUCGGCGGACUUGCUUAAAUCAAUUUCGAAUUUGACGCUGAGCAAGAGUAUUUAUACAGAUAAAAAAAAAAAGAAAUGGGCGUGAUAAAGCCAAGUCAAGAUACAAUUAGUUUUUAGUAUGAAGAAAUUCCAACCCAUAUAGCUAAACUAGUUCAGCUAAUCUGGGGUGUAACACCCUUCCUACUGUUAUCAGCCUACAGCACUGCUUUCGGUCAUCACUUGUUCGUAGCAAGGCACAUGAACAACGCUAUACAUCAUAUGAAGACAUUAAGAGGUUAGGUCGAUCCGAGGAUCGAAAGGUGAGCAUUUAUUCCAACAUGUCAUCUGAAUGUCGCCACGAGUCGAAAUAGUACAAAAGAAUAAUACCGCUGCUCGGCGAUUGCAUAUAAGGGGCACAAAUGGUAAAAUUUAUCCGUAUUUGGUUGUAAUUGAUACUGGAUUGGGAGAUGCACGUCGGGAAGAACGUGUACUUCAGCUGCUGCGCAUGUUGAAUUAUUAUUUGGAAAAACAAAAAGAGACUACGAGAAGAUUUUUGAACAUUACUGUACCACGCGUUGUACCUAUUUCGCUACAAAUGCGUUUAGCGGAAGAUAAUCUGGCCAGCAUAUCUUUGUAUGAAAUUUAUAAAAGCAGUUGCACCAAAAUGGAAGUCGAGCAUGAUUUACCGAUCAUGAAAUAUUAUGAGCGUUUGUCGGAAGUGCAAUAAUUUGCAAUCCCAAGGAGCUCAAAGCACAUUAGUGAUGUUGCGUGACAUAUUCCAAGAAAUACAAAAUAAAAUGGUACCCAAAACAUUGCUUAAACAAUGGGCUCUAAAGACAUUCUUAUCGGCAAACGAUUUUUGGCAAUUCCGUAAAAUGAUGACACUGCAAUUGGCUUUGGCUUUCCUGUGUGAAUGUGCCUUACAUUUAACUCGUCUCAAUACCGACAUGAUUUAUAUUCACCAGGACUUUAAAGAUGACGUUUAUUUCUAA